UCUACAAUACAACAUGGAUUUAGUUGCAGAAAAUGAAAACGAGGUGUUAUGCGAGAAAAUUAUUAACGACAUACAAGCGGUAUUUCUCAAGGACCCAGACCUCUCAACAUUUGAAAUCAUACCGACCAUUUUGAAUCGCAAUAAAACGCCUGUGGUGCAUGCCGAACAUCAUCUGGGCCUGGAGUCGUGGUGCGUGAAACAUGUAUACGAUCAUGCGCACAAGGCUAUAAUUGGAUAUCGGCGCCAACAUCAAUCACGCUAUUUGCAACACAGUGAUGUGCUGCUGAAGUAUCUGAAUGUGGCAUUGCUAAUUAAUACGGAUGUGGCCACAUUCUGGAAUAUACGCCGCCAAAUGGUGCAGACGAAUCACUUGAAAAUAAAUUGCGAAUUUAAAUUCUCCGCGCUUAUAUUGUCGAAGAAGCCCAAAUCUAGCGAAGCCUUCGCAUAUCGACGCUGGUUAUAUUCGUUUCAGAGUCACGAUGCUAUCGAUUGGCCCAGUGAGUUUGGCAUUUGUGACCGUUGCGCCGAUCGCAGCGCAAAUAAUUACCACGCGUGGACGCAUCGCCAGUGGGUUCUACAGAAUGCGCCCGAUCUUAUCCGCUCCGAAUUGAUGAUUACGGAAAAGUUCAUGCGUAAACACAUCAGCGACUACAGCAGCUAUCAUUAUCGCCAAACGCUGAUUGAGCGCGCCUACGAAUUAUGCUACUACGAAUCAAAUGAGCUCGAACAUUUACACAAUUUGAAAGAUUUGAUCAGCUAUUAUCUAGAAGAUGAUUUAGAAAUACUUAGCACAGCCGAUGUGUUGCAAAUAUUGUUGCCCGGUGUCGAUCGGGAGGCUGUGGGCGAACCACGGCUCAGCUCCUUUCUCUAUUGUUGCAACUUGGCUGCGCAUGAUAUACGUCUGUGUGACGAUCAGAAGAAUAUGUAUGGCGAGCGUGAAUCUUUUGAGAAUCAUAGACGCUCGUCGUUGCGUUUCAUUGUGGAGAAUUGUGUACGUCUGUUGUUGGGCGAAUUGCCCGGUCUGUAUUUGACGCCGCGCACGUAUGGGCAACUGCAGGAGUUCAAUGCAGCGCUGAAGAAGUUCGAUUAUGCCACCAAUGCAUUUUUGUCGGCGCUUAAGCGUUCGGAGGGCCUGCUGGGCGACUGCCAUCGCAAAUGGUGUACAAUUUUUUUGGGCUUUAAUUAUGCGUAAAGUGUGCCAACACAGUUAGCUGCUGAAUUUAGUGAACUCAUUUUCGAGUUUUAGUGGCGAAAACAAGCACAGCCAAGAAACGUUAUAAUUUUAUAUUCAAGGCAGGAAAAUUUAAAUUUGCUGCUUUGCACGUACUGAGCCACUUCAAAGGCUCUUUACGUUUUUAAUGAUUUUGCAAAGGCAACAAGGAACAAUGAAUAAAGUUAUAAAUUUAAUAUCGUCGAAUAAAAGAUCAUACAUACAUAAGUUUCCUCGACUAUUGUUAGCUGAGCUUAAGGUCAUGGUUUAGCAUUGCGCGCCAAAAAUUUUAAGUAUAAUUACGUUUUCUUUAAAACUGUUAAAGAUAACCAGUUUUUUGGUGUCAAAAAAAAAUUUUGAUAAAAUUUAAAAAAGAAAAAGUGUCAAAUAUAAGUUAAUUCCUGGUUUUUGUCAGUUUUUCAAACCGUUGUGUUUUUUUAGUGCUAAUAAAAUGUUACUUUCUUACUCGUUAUAUUCGUUACAUAAUAAACAUACAUACAUACAUAUAUAUAUGUCAAGAAAUUGCAUUUAUAAUUUAAUUUAAAACUAUAAAAAAACAUAAUAUUUUGUAUCAUCUUUGUAGUUCAUUUCGACGCUGUCUCCCACACUGUGCAUAAAAUAUAAAUCUAAGUAAUCUUAUAAUAUAACUACCAUUUUGCAUAAGUAUAAAGGUGUAAUUUUAAACAUUUAAAUUUUUCAUUGAGUUGACAAACAAAAAUACCUUUACUCCAAAUACUCUUGUAAUCAAAUAAAUACGUUUUAAGGAAAGCAGAACUAAUAUAUAGUUAGCAUUUAAUAGAAAAUUGUAGCAUGAAUUUAAAGGAAUGUAUGUAUAUUGUAAA